AUGCCGGAGCUGCGCCGCUUCUGGGAGGCCCACGGCCGCACCUUCCGAAACCACCUGGAGGCGCUGGACAAGAAGCCCUCGACGGCUCCUUGCAGCAAACUCUUCCCGAAGCAGCUCUCCACGGAAGGAGGGACUCCCAUGACGCUGCCGCAGCGCCACAGCCCUGGCGGCUCGAUGCACGAUCUGCUCACUGGGGAGGUUGUGGCCUGGCACGACUACUGGACCCCACCAGCGCGAUACAGGCGGCCCUUCGACAAACAACAUCGGCCUCUGCUGCCCUUCGAAACCUUUGGAGACGUGAAGGACGCCUCGAAGAUCGACUCCUCCCCUUCCACGCUGCGAAAGCAGAACCGGCAACAGGAGGCGCGCCUGCGACGCCGCGCCAAGCUGGGAGGGCCGCAAAGGAAGUGCCUCCUGGAGACGGAGCCCUGGUGA